UGAACGGUAUCGAAUAUCUCCGAGUUGGGUCGUUUGACAGACCUGCAGCAGACAGUAACAGGACUUUUCAAGUGCUCUUCACGUAGAUAGUAGCGGUUUAAGUGUUUGGAAUUCUCUAUAGUUAGUGAUAAAGUGUGGACAAUGUGGUCGCUGAAGAACGGAGUGGUCGUUCUGUUUCUGGUGCUCGGAACCUGCUGGGGAGUACCCCGCGAAGGCUAUGGCCCCGGAAUGCAGGACUGGGGCUUCGUCGAGGUUCGCCCCGGAGCGCACAUGUUCUAUUGGCUGUACUACACCACGGCCGAGGUGGAACAGUUUACCGAUCGCCCUCUGCUGAUUUGGCUUCAGGGAGGCCCGGGAGCCUCCUCCAUGUAUGGCAACUUCGAAGAACUUGGCCCGUUGACCCUGGAGGGUGAGGAACGCAAUCAUACCUGGGUCAAAAACUAUAACGUCCUCUUCAUUGACAACCCAGUCGGAACUGGGUUCAGCUACGUGGAGAAUCUGUCGCUGCUGACGAUUGACAAUGCCCAGAUAGCUGACGAUUUGCUCACGUUUACCAAGGAGUUCUACAAACGGAAUCCAGAGUUCAUGACCACCACGCUGCACAUCUACGCCGAAAGCUACGGAGGAAAGAUGGCUCCGGAGUUCGCGUGGGUAUUAAAUAAAGCCAUCAAUAAUGGAGAACUGGAUAUUCAGCUUGAAUCGGUAGGAAUUGUUGCCCCAUGGGUGUCGCCAAUCGAUUCCGUCCUGUCAUGGGGUGAAUUCCUGCUCAACAUGGGAUUCGUGGAUACGAAAGGUUACAGGGCGAUUCAGGCUGCGGCCAUCGAAACCGAACAUAUUUUGAACGAGGGCAAAUACGAAGAAGCUACCUGGCAGUGGGGUAGCACCGAGGAUGUUAUCUUGCGGGAGACAUUGGGAAUCGAUUUCUACAAUGUGCUGUUUACUCAGGACUUCAGAGCCACGCAGUCUCGAUUGGCGAUGUUUGCCAAGGAUAUGAAACAGGCUACCCUCGACAGUGCAGUUCGCCUGGCCUCCGAAGAUCGCGACCAAAUGUUGAAGGAUCUUAUGCGUGGACCAGUCGCCUCUACCCUGCAACUCCCGGAAGAAUCCGUCUAUAACGCCCAAGGUGGAGCCGUAUUCCAGAGCAUGGCUGGAGACUUCAUGAAACCGGCUAUGCAUGUUGUAGAACUUCUACUCAACAGCACCAGUUUGGAGGUGAUGGUCAUCACCGGGCAGUUAGACUUGAUUGUGGCCACCGCCGGAAACGUUGUUUGGUUGGAAAAGCUCCAAUGGGAAGGACGCAACGGUUACUUGGCAGCACCUAGGAAUGGAGUCGGUCCGCAUGGAAUUCUCGAAGGAUAUCAAAAGAGCUAUGGUAAACUGCACAUGUACUGGGCUCUACGUGCCGGACACAUGGUACCCGCCGACAACCCCGUCCUAAUGGAUUACAUUCUCAAGAAGCACGCUGGCUUUCCAGAGGAUUGAUCCUAAUUUACCAAAAAUAAAUCAAUGGGUGUUUCUCAAUCAAUAUCA